CUUCGUCAUCAAAAACAACUCCACAAUCCAGUUCCUCUGAUCUUUUUACGCACCAAAUGAUGUACUACUGUAAACUGAACUCCUCAAACCCUCCAUUUCCUUGCAAAUUCCCGACAAAAAGUCCAGAGCUUGGACCAAAAACAAUAGCCUGCACUUCCAACGGUCAAAAACAACUACUUACAACUGCCGCCACUCAAAUCCAAGUCCAGAAAACUAAUGCUUACAGUGUAAAGUUCAGGACUCUCGGAGCUUGCAAGCUUGGGAUUUCAAGAUAUCCUGAUUUUGAAUACGACGCCGGCGGCGGAACAGGAAGUGGGUCCGGUACUAAGGUCCCAGAUGGUGAUCAGUUGAGUGAUGAAAUUUCGGUUUCAUUUGACAUUAAAACACUCUAUAUACCACCAUUGUCAAGUGCAACAACCAGGUUCUUGGGAUUGCCAUUGCCACCAUUUCUAAAGAUUGAGAUCGCCCCAGAACUCUUUCAAGGGAGGAUUGACAGAGAAUCUGGCAAGAUUGAUCUAGAAUUCAUGGCCAAGUUCUGGUUUUCUGUUGGGACUGUCUAUAGAGCUCCUCCACUGCUGGUGAAGACAGUUUUGACAUCUGAGGAGUCAAAAGGAACGAUAAGAAGUGGAAGAGGAAAGAGAUUGGAUAAAGAAGGGAAGUGUAGAUUAGUUGGGGUGGCAACUGUUGAUCCUAUUGAUGAUUUCCUAAUGAAUACCUUCCUUGGCCUUCCUACUGAAUGCCUUGCUAAUCUGAAUGCUGUAAUCUCAAUUUCCAAUUCUUCAUAAGAUUUCAAAACCACAACUUUUGCCAGUCAAAUCUGUUUUUCAUGGGGUCCCAAAAGCACUGUGAAUCAGAAAUGAAGCAUUGAUUAUUAUUUUUUAGCUCCAUGCUUGGAAUGGAUGCAAAACUAUCUAUUUGUUCUUAUUCGUCUUU